AAUUAGAUCUUAGACCGCGAAUGUUGCAGAAGUUAUUGAAGAAAAAGUUGAGGGGAGUGUCAAGACACUUAGGGUCGUCGACAGAAAGGCAGUCCGACCUGGGGACAUUUAUGGUCCCUUCCCCAGAAAGAGUUAACUAACAUCUUUCCUGUUCCCACAGGCGAGGGUCUCAGCAUCCUGGAGACGAUCAUCCCAGUGUACAAGAUCAGAGGGGAGAACGCUGAGCUGUACUGCCACUAUGAUGUGGAGGGCGAGGUGCUGUACUCAGUCAAGUGGUACAAGGACGAUGAGGAAUUCUACCGCUACAUGCCGGGCACCUCGUCCUCUCCCUCCACCACCUCACCGCAGUCCAUCUUCCCCCGCCCCGGUAUCUACGUGGACUCUUCUAAGAGCAACGCCUCCCGGGUGGUACUGACGGACCUCGACUUCAGGACCUCGGGCCUCUACCGCUGCGAGGUGUCCGUCGAGAACACCUUCAACACACUCAACAGAUUUGGACGCAUGCUAGUUGUCGAGCUGCCCACGUCGGAGCCUCGGAUCAGCGGCGUGCGGGACAAGUACGUGAGCGGUGAGGUGUUAGAGGCCAACUGCACGGCGGGAAGAUCUCACCCCGCCGCCACUCUAACCUGGCACGUCAACAACAAGGAGGUACCGAGGAAGUACACGCACGCGUACGCUCCCGUGCUGCACGUGGACCAGCUGGAGACGUCCAUCCUCGGGCUGCGACUCCUGCUGGAAGACCACCACUUCACGGACGGCGUCAUCCUCUUGCGCUGCACCGCUACCGUCGCCGCCCUGGACACCCGCUCCGACCAGGACUUCCUGCAGAUGGAGUCCCGCCCGGUGGAGCCUCUGGUGCUGGCGCAGAGAAACUCCCAGGUGUAUGUUAACGGGUGUGGCGGACUCGGCGGGUGCUCCUUGUUCCUGUUGCUGGGGAGCUGCGUCGUGGGCGCUGCUGGUCGGUGGGCGGUGCUGGCGGACUGACGCGGCAGUUUCCUCGUUAUGCUGGAGCGGUUGGUGGCAGCGUCAAGUCUUUUAACACCAAACACUCCCUAUUUGCUGCCGCCCUCCGCAGAUCACACAUAGAAACCUCAUCCCAGGGCUCCAUCGCGUCCUGCCACUUUGAGGGAUUCCAAGCGCCGCGGCAUCCAGCUGGGAGGCGACCAGCGUGCUCUGAAACUACUCGGCCUCCCAAGACUCUCAGUACUCAAUGGACAAAAAUAUUCUGCCUCUGGUCUGCUCAGUGAUGUUGGACACACCGCUGAGGUGUUCCUAAAGGCUGCAGUCAUCCGUGUGUAGCGCAGUGAAGGCCUGGUGGGCGGCACUCGUGUUGAUAGACACGCCAUGACUUAAAGCGUGAUGCAACGUGUUAAGGUAGAUCACCAGAUAAAGAAUUGUUUAUAAAAUUUGUGAAACGGAAAAGAAAAAAAAAUUAAGAAUUCUUAAGAUGGUACACGUGGUGAGCCUAUGACGAUUGCUGUUCUGUGGCGCCAGGGAGGCGCUGUACCCCUGUCUGGCAGACUCUUCGCUGCAGUCCCAGAAACUCAACUUCCUCUGCUGGCUGGUUGGCUAUCGUAGCAGGGCAGUUGUCAAUAUGAAAUAAACUUAUCAUUUACCGGCAGCAGCAGCAGCAGCAGCAGCAGCAGCAGCAGCAGAACAGUUUAAUCUCGAUUAGCCAAAUCACGAUUAUUGAAUUAGUUUUCUCACGUCUAGAUCUAUUGCCUCGUUGUCAUAGGGAUAAAAGACAUUUAUUUUACUAAUAAUUGGCAGCCUUAUUGUUCCAUGUUGUGCCGAAGCGUUGCGGUGGCAACUGGCGCGGCGCCAGGUCCUCGCCGCGCCCGCCAGGAUGCUGUCGCGGGCCGCCGCCUUCCCUUUCUACGUACAGACGCGAGUGAAUUAUUGUUUCAAUGCUGUGAGCUUUAAUACAUGAACACUACAAAAUAGUGUCGCGGCGGGCAGCGGAGCGCGGCUAUGUCCUUACUGGACCCUUCCGCUCCCUGCCACGUGCUGCACCGCGCCCAAUAACCUCGCCAGUGUCAACUCCGUGAUCUCCACCCUAGUGAGUCUGUGACAAUUUGUGUUGGUGUUGUACAAGCGCUGGUCGUGGCGCCUCCGUCACCGCGGGAAGAAGCCUCAGCUGGCGGCAGCAGGCGUUACCGCGUCGCCUUAGAACAGCUGAGGGGAAAUUAUUCUCAAAGAACAAGAAUCACGCUUGGGAAAUAUUGCAUUACGGCACCAGAGUUGGAGUCACGAGGAGGUAGUCAGUCCCAUGUGUUGUUGCUCAGGCAUCGCUUCGCCGCCAACAGCUGGACGGGGGGUGGGGGCUUGAGCCGUUAGGCCGCGAGGCAGCCACGGGUCUCCUGCACCCCGCCAGGGAUGACAAGCGAGCCGCCACGAGUGCUUGUAGAACACAUACUAUUUUUAAAGCUUUAAACAUUCAUGUGUUGCCGCCAACACGCCAUUCCCGCUCUAUCAUAGACAUUAGCUAGUGGUGAGCCCCUUCCUUCCCUUCCCCAAAGGGAGCGGCGUCCUGUUCCACGAAUAGGUCAGCUCCCCCACCCCAUCCUCCCUCACGCUGGCUGACGCUGUGACUAUAGCUACUUGUACAGAACCUGUAUGUUGGUAUGCCUGUGUACUUACACAACUAAAUUCUACGUACCGAGGUACCUUCUGUCGUUGGUUGUAGAUGACGUACUUUAGUCAUACAGUUAUUCUGUAAUCGAUUCAUAUCGUUCGUAUACGUAUAUAUAUAUAUAUAUACAUAUAUAUAACUACAUUCUUCGUUAUUUACAUGUUGAAAUUAAAAGGGAGCUUUUCUUUAUGUCCCGUGGGAAAACGAGCCUGGCUGGUCCACGACGCCGUGACAGCGGCAGCGGCGGCGACCGUCACUUGCUGCUCUCCUGGACUGACCUAAGGUGCAGUGCGGGAAGAAGGUCCCGGUAACGCAGACACCAUGGCUGUACGGAGACAGGGAGGGUAGGCUGAAGCUGUCUCGGGUCAGUGAGGGAGGAGAGAAGCUCUCCUUUUAUCACCUGGCAGCACGUGUCCAGCUGAAGCACCGCGGGCGCUGCCGCUGCUGCUUCCCAUAUCUCUCCUCGGCUUGUGUCUGACACUAAACAGCUUCGCCUGCCUCGCUGGCGUGCGUGGCGAGGAUCAGGUGCAAGGGUGCUCUGUGUUGGCAAUACUUGACCGAUUUGUUCUGGUUCACACACACACACACACACACACACACACACACACACACACACACACACACACACACACACAGAUCAUCAAGAGAAGAGAUCAUUCAGGGACAGAAAAAAUGAACUGUCAAUACGUGUUAUAAAUGAGCACCUUAAAAUGUUGCUAAUUAAAGGAAAAAUUUAUAGCUA